GCCGCCACAGCACCAUUAAUGAACUGCAUACACUUCCUACCUAAUGGUUGGUAUACCUGAUAACGGAUAACAUUUAUCAAUUUAAUGAAUUAUGAAAACAACGUAGCCGAAUUUAACAAAAAUCAGUUCCCGAAUGCCGACUGCUCUAGGCUGUGUUUACAAUUUAAACCGGUAUGUUCGUAGUAAUGUAAUUUAAUAAUUUAUUUAUUGGAAUUAAUGUACUUUGGUAGUCGGCUGCUGUUUACGUUAACAAGUAUAUGACCUUCAAGAAAAAUAGCAGACAUUUCGCGUUUUAACCAAGAGCUGACAUACUAUUUUGAUUUAAAAAUGUUGUCAUUUUAGUUUGGCGGUAACCCAUUGGAUUUUUAAAAUCAAGUCAGAAUGGCUCACCUGUCUCUUUAAAAUUGUAAACUCCAAGACAUCAGAACCGCAAGCAACCAAAUUUCAAUCAUUAAAGUUAUAUUAAAAAGCAGAAACUGUGGCUCGAUAAAAUUUAACUAUAAUUACAUCAACCAAACAGAAAAAAUUAGUUGAACCAUAUUAAAUACAUUUUUUAAUAUUUUAAAAUAAAUUGCAUCUUAAAAUUUUUACGGAAUUUUAAAAUGGUCUAUAUUAAAAAAUAUACUGUAUUAUUGUUAUGUUAUUUUCUAUUAUUUGAUAUCACACAAAGUUUAAUAGAUCCAGUUACAGUAAGCUUGGCUGGUGUAGCUUUUUUAGGUGGUUACUUGUAUAAAAAUUAUAAUUCCAAAAUAUUCCAAAAUCACAAAUGCUGUGAAAAUAUUGACUUCGAUGGUUUAGAAGACGAUAUGAAUAAAUUAUUUUUUGGCCAACAUAUUGCAUCGAAAAUUAUAUUGUCUACAUUGAAAGGUAACUUUCGACGUAGCAAAUCAAACAAAAAACCACUAGUAAUGAGCCUUCAUGGUUGUACUGGAGUCGGUAAAAAUUAUAUUACAAAUUUGAUUGCUAAUCAUAUUUUCGUUACUGAACAUUCUAAAAAAGUACAAUUUCAUAUUAUUAAUGGCCGAUCAGAAUUCCCCGAUUCAUCAAAAAUUGGAGAGUAUAAGGUAAAAUUAUUAGAAAAAAUAUAUGAGGCCAUAAAAACAUGUCGGACCAAUCUAUUUGUUUUUGAUGAAAUUACAUCAGUCCCUCGCGGUAUAUUGGAUGUAUUGAUUCCAAUAUUGGAAAAUAAUAUUUCAGCUCUUGAUUCCAGGCAUUCAAUAUUUAUAUUUUUAACCAAUACAGGAGAACAUGCAAUUAUAAAACAAUAUUUAAAUCUGUGGAAAAAUGGAUUCACCAGAGACCUAAUGGAAGUUAAACAUUUUGAUUAUAUCUUGCAAACUGCCGUAUUUAAUGAACCAAUCAUUACUGUAUUAUUGAACAAACUACCAAGAUUCAUUACAAAAAUUAUUUAUUCAUCAGGUGGUUUAAGGCAGAGUGAUAUAAUAGAUUCUCAUGUUAUUGAUCAUUUUGUUCCUUUUUUACCCCUUGAAAAAUCUCAUGUUGUUCAAUGUAUUGAAUCUGAGUUAAGAAUGUUAAAGCAGGAAAUAACCGAAGAAAUAAUAGAAAAAACCUUGGAAAUCAUAACCUUUGGCCCAGAGCCUGAACGGUUGUUUUCUAACGCCGGUUGCAAGAGAAUUAGCCAAAAAGUUCUUCAGCUUGUAUACGAUUAUUAGUGUCAUUACAUUGAACUAACCAGCUCUUGUACAUACACUUUAGGAAAGAAUCCAAUCUGUGUUACGGACUUGAGGUGACAAAUGAAUUAAAGCAACAUUGCCAGUUCAUGGAUUAUACAAUUAAGUGUUCUAGUAAUACUAACAUUCUUGUUGAAAAUAUAUUUUUUUUACAAAAUCAUUAUUUUUAUGAGAUUUAUUAAUUAUUUGUACAUAUUUUUUAAAAUUAAUACCAUAUAUUUUUUUUUUAAUGUAUAUUUGAUGUAAAAUAUUGUAUUGUAUAAAAAUGCGUUUUAAGUGAUAUUAU